UUGCAUAUUGAAGUACACUCUAAAAAAUGCUAUGCUAUGUUUAAAGCCAUUGUUUGAUGGUAAAACACAAUUGUAAAUGGUUUAAAUUAACAUAUGCUGUGUUGUUUUAACAAUUGGUUGGGUCAAAUAUGGACAAUUUCUAAGUUAAUUGAACCCAAUGGUUGGGUAUAUCUUUAUUUUACCCAAGCAUAAGUUUAAAACAACAUUUUUAUUUAUUUUAUUUUUAUUUUGUAUUUAUUUCAUAAUAAUUUUUAUACUAUAUCCGAUAUAGUUAUAAGAUGUUGCUGUAGCUAAAUAUGAAAGUCAUAUGACAUAGCACCGUUUUGCGGAAAUCCAGAUCAUCCCCCGUACUUUGAUGGACUUUCACAGCAAUUUGUGGCUUGCAUAAAAAAUGUCACAUCCUCCAGAUUGGAAAAUUAAAUUCUUGAAUGUCAAGAAUAUUCAUAAUAGACUGAGCAUCUAAAGCAUUUAUUUUUGCAUCCCUAUUUCAGAUUCAGUUCUGAUUUUAACAAAUGUACUAAUUAAACAUUUUUAUUGCGAACCGAAGACAAAAUAAUAUUUGGUACCAACCCGGGAGUCAUAUGAUCCGCCUGAUAUUCAGAAUACUUUAUACUCUACCAACAUACUAUUUAGAUAAAGAAAACUGAACAUGCAUUGUUUACAUUGUUUUUUCAACUAAGGCCAUAUAUAAAAAAAUUCUUACUGAAAUAGCUUAUUUAAAAGAUUUCAUUUGCAAUUAUGCAUUUGCCACAUGGUUUUCUCCAAAGCAACGUAUACUGCAUUCAACCAAUACAUAUACAAGUAUUUUGGUCCUUUACUGAAUCAAUGAAUCAAUUGUGCAAUGUUUUACAACUGGAAAACAGAAACAGUAUAGUGUUAAUAUGUAGAGUUGACUGCUGACUAAAAGGACAUCCUGUUUUAGUUCCUCUGUGAUGCAUACACUGAUAUCUGAGAGUGUGAAAGUUAUUGAGUAUCUCCGCAUACUGUAUCAGUUAGCACGAUUUCCAAAUGAGUUUUGAGGUGAGUGUUGCAUGAUCUGUUGAAUUCAAGAUGAACACCUCACAUUUACCCAGUUCAGUGACCUUGAACAGCAGCAACACAAGUCAUGAACACAAAUGUUCUCCUGAGCCUGAGCACAUUUCUCUUGCUGUAAUCCUCUGUCUGGUUUAUCUGUUGGGACUUCUGCUCAAUGGCUUCAGCCUGUGGGUUUUCACCUGUCGCAUUCGCAAGUGGAACUCUGGAGCUGUUUUGCAGUUCAAUUUGGCUCUAUCUGAUGCCAUCAUCACUCCCCUCACCCCUCUAAUGGCAGUAUACUUUGCCAUGGAUAGCGACUGGAUUUUUGGAAAAUUUUUAUGCCAGCUGAAGAUCGCCGCCCUGUUUGUACACUUCAAUGGCAGCAUCCUCUUUCUCACCCUUAUUAGCAUUCAUCGCUACGUGACUGUGGUGCACUUUAAUCGCUCAUCACUUAUGAAAAAAAAGAUGUUUGUGAAGAAACUUUGUGGUGGGAUUUGGUGUUUUCUGAUCAUAAAUGGCGGCAUUUACGGAUGGCUACUUCCGGUGACCAAUGAGGACAACCAUAUGCAGUGUCUGAGCAUUCAUCAGACAAAGUUAACAGACUCAUACUUUAUUAUUAAUUUUGUGAUUUUUAUCUUCGGGUGUAUUUUACCCUUAUCUGUGACUGUGUUUUGCUACAGUCGUCUGGCCAGCUCAGUGUCCCGUAUUAACAUUCAGUCUACUCAGGGCCAGUCCGUCAAAGCCAAAUCAAUGAAGAUGAUAGGCACCUGUUUGGUCAUAUUUGGACUUUGCUUUCUUCCUCUAAAUGUGGUUCGGACCAUAGCAGUAGUUGUGAAAAAGUAUUACCCUGGGAAAUGCAGACAUCUGUUGCGAUUGCAAACAGCAUAUUACGUGUGUUAUAUAUUAGCAGGAAUCAACUGUUGCUUAGACCCUCUGAUCUACUUUUUUGGCUCACGUGAUUUCAUUAAAGCAUUUAGGAGAUCUCUUAGGACAAUAGGGAUCAGACAGAAAGUUAAUAACAAAAGUGAAUCAGAGACAUUAAGCCAAAGUUUAAACAGAAACGCCAUUCAUACAGGGGUGGUUUCCCGGACAGGGAUUAGCUUAAGCCAGGACUAGGCCUUAGUUUAAUUAGGAAAUAUAACUAGUUUUAACAAACAUGCUUUACUAAAAACAUUACUGGCGUGAAUUUUGAGGCAAAACAAAGGGCACUGAAGAAUUUUAAGAUAUGUCAUUGCAGGUUUUUUUCAGUUUGAACCGCUCUUACAUUUAUUUUAGUCUAUAGUCUAAUCCCUGUCCGGGAAACCGCCCCACAGUAUCUUAGUAAAUGUAAACUUUGAUUUGCUUCUUGUCAAGCAUUUGAAGUACUGCAAAACUACAAUUAGUUUAACUGGUCACAUACAACUCUCCCCACAGAAUACAAUACAAUUAUAUAGAAUAGAAAUAAAAAUAUGAAGUUUUGUUAUUAUUACUAAAUUAUUACCAAAUAUUAUAGUAAAAUUCCUUAUUAUUUUUGACAAUAUUGUGAAUUUUACACCACUAAUUUGUUAUACUCUGGCCUUUAAUGUAUUUAGGUGAGCAAGCAAGAAUCUGCUAACAAGCUUUAAUAUAGACCAUUUCAAAAGAUGUAAACAACACUGGUCCAGAAACACUUCCUGUUCCAGUUUUUUAACACUAGAUAAACGUUGGGAUAAAAUACAACCAACAGAACAUAGAACUGAACCAAA